CUCUCUCUCUCUCUCUCUCUCGCGACAAAAGAAAAGCUUUGAAGAAGGAAGAAAAAUGGCUCUGAAGCUCAAUGCUCUCACCUUUCAAUCCAAGAAGUGUCCUUCUUUUGCUCUGCCACCAAUGACCUUCGUCAGAUCUCCCAAGUUUUUCAUGGCGUCGACCUUUAGCUCAGGCUCAAAGGUAUUUGAAAAUUUGAAGAAGCCUUCUAGCCCUCUGCGUGAGGUUCAUGUUCAAGUAACACACUCUAUGCCGCCUCAAAAGAUUGAGAUGUUCAAAGCCAUGGAGGAUUGGGCGGAGCAGAACAUAUUGGUUCACCUGAAGCCAGUGGAGAAAUGUUGGCAACCACAGGAUUUUCUUCCUGAUCCGGCAUCUGAUGGAUUUCAUGAUCAAGUCAAGGAGCUAAGGGAGAGGGCAAAUGAGAUUCCAGAUGACUACUUUGUUGUUUUGGUUGGUGAUAUGAUCACCGAAGAAGCCCUUCCAACUUACCAAACAAUGCUUAACACCUUGGAUGGAGUUCGAGAUGAAACAGGAGCAAGCCUUACUUCUUGGGCAGUUUGGACCAGAGCUUGGACUGCUGAAGAGAACAGGCAUGGUGACCUUCUCAAUAAGUAUCUCUACCUAUCUGGACGAGUGGACAUGAAGCAAAUUGAAAAGACGAUUCAAUAUCUGAUUGGGUCAGGAAUGGAUCCAAUGACAGAGAACAGUCCGUACCUUGGAUUCAUCUACACAUCAUUCCAGGAACGGGCAACUUUUGUCUCCCAUGGAAACACCGCCAGACUUGCCAAGGAGCAUGGGGACCUAAAGUUGGCUCAAAUAUGUGGCACAAUUGCUUCAGAUGAGAAGCGCCAUGAAACUGCGUACACCAAAAUAGUCGAAAAGCUAUUUGAGGUUGACCCUGAUGGAACUGUCCUGGCUUUUGCUGAUAUGAUGAGGAAGAAAAUUUCUAUGCCAGCCCACUUGAUGUAUGAUGGCCGUGAUGACCACCUUUUUGAGCACUUCUCAGCUGUUGCUCAGCGGCUUGGGGUCUACACUGCUAAAGACUAUGCAGAUAUAUUGGAAUUCUUGGUUGGCAGAUGGAAAGUGGCAGAUCUAACUGGCCUUUCUGUAGAGGGACAAAAAGCUCAGGACUAUGUUUGCGGGUUGCCUCCAAGAAUUAGAAGGCUGGAGGAGAGAGCUGGAGGAAGGGCUAAAGAAGCACCUAGUAUGCCGUUUAGCUGGAUCUUUGAUAGAAAAGUGAACCUCCGAGUCCGUGUUUGAACAAGAAGUUAAGCUUCACUCUCCUGCAAACCACUUAUCACAGAAUGGUGAGUAAAUGUAGAAAUUUUCAGUUGUAAUUUGGUUUCUACUUAAGUUGUUACAUUGUGGGAAGUAUUGGGAGUGUUGGUAAUUUGUAGAUAUGGUCGUUUCACUAGAUCUUCAUAUUAAUUCGUAUGUGUUUUCAAAUGGAUCAAUGGGUAUGAGUUUGUGUGCUUUCGGCCAGUGUUUGUGACUCUGUGCAAUCUGUUGUUUUGUAUGGCAGUUUUGAUUAUGUUCUCUUAUGCGGAACUUAAAUUUUCUCGUACCUGUUGGAAUUCGGCAAUGGGUUGAUAAUAAGAUCUGUCUAAUGCCCCGAUUGAUUAAUAAAACAAUUGAUUGAGAUAGACUAGACU